CACGUUUCUGAACUCAAAAAAGUUUUGCCACCAUUCUGUCCAUCACUGUACGUGGUAAUAAGAUGAGAGAAAAGCAUAGUACUUAUAUGCAGUUCGCUGGUGGGUUUAACGCUGCUUUCGGAAUCAUAUCGUAUCCGAUCGUCAAAUACACAAUUCAUUCUAUCAGCAAACAUAUAACAUAUGAUAAAGAAAUUGCAGAACUACAGUCGUUAUUAUUGCUACUAUUGUAAUAAUUGCACAUUGUUCCAGCUUAUAAGUUUUCUAAAAAUUUUUAUUUGUGUUUUUCUGAUUACAUCCACUACUAGAAUUAAAUCGAGUAAAAAAAUAUAAUGUUUUUGAGCGAUUUCAGGAAUUGUUUAAAUGUUGGAACAAAACACUUGAACCGAGAAUAAAAUCUAACGGAACAGUAAAAGUAUAUUUAACAAUUGCAUUAAAUGUGGCAAGCGUUAAAAAAUAUUUAGUGGUUACGCGUGUCCUCGAAAAAACACCAUUAAUAAACUUUUGGCUUCUUAGGUAAUAGUUGCAAUGUUGACGAGCUGAGUGACUCAGGUCUGGGGAAUUUCCUAUUUUGUUUCCUGUUAAAUCAAAAAGGAAAAGAUGUUCGAGGUACGCUUCUCUACUUUGUUCAUUGUGUUCACGUAGGAUAAUUUGUGUACUGUUUUACAAACUAAAUGACAUGAAACGAUGUUAUCACCCCACCACUACUGCACCAAUCAACCGCGACUACAACACGAAUACUAUAAACAUGAUUCGAAGUUUUCUGACAGAUAGUAUUAUGCAGAUACAGUGAAGCAACGUCGAUCUGAGAAUUAGCUACGUGAUUAUGUGAAACCAGUCGUCGCUAUAUUGAAUUUUACUUCAAAAUCACGACGAAUACUUUGGAAUAUUUCGCAGGUGUCUGAAAAAAGUGUUUUGGAAAAAUAAGUACAAAUGUUAAUAUUAUAACAGUAAAAGAUGUAAUAAAAUGGAAUAACAAAAAAGCAGGCAAUUAUACGCGUUGCGUCGAUUCUCAUAGAGAUUAAAACUCGUUACAUAAAACGAUGACCAUAUUUGCCACAACCGGAUUUGCCUCUUUGAAUAAUUAUACUGCAAGAUGAAUACACGCUUGUAAAAUGCAAAAGGUAGAUCCAAGGACAGGUGUCUAUUAUCUAUACGGAAUGGUGUUUUUAAAUACGGAAUAGUGUAAUAGAUUGAAGAAAUAAGCGAUUAAAAUGAUUUCUCCCACAUAUAUCGGUUCUAUUGUGCGGUUGAUUAACAUUUGAUCUAUUUAUCGUCCAAAGUUGAUGUCUUUAAUGAAUCUUAGUGAGUUUUUUCCAGUAGAAAUACUUUCGAAUAUGAGAAAGUACUCGACAAGACAUGAACAUUUUUUAUUUUUAACAUUGUCUGCCUAAUCAAAUAGAUUUCGCAUACAUAUUUCCCUAUGUUCUAUAUGCUAUGUUGCUCGCUAUUAAUAUCCCAGACUUUCUUAUUAGUAAUAAGAAUUAAAUUAUUCGCUGCUCCGUUUGAACCUUCAUGCAAUUGUGUGUAGGAUAUCUCUUUUCAGAACAAUUUCGCAUGAAAAAGUUAUGUCUAUACGAAUUUGACUGUUUAGCAAAAUGUUCUUACCAUCUGGAAAUAAGAUUAUUGUAUCUGCAGAAGCGACGUAAUCUCCACUGAUACCCUUGUGACGUAGACAUAGGUGAAAUGCUUGACCUCUCCUCAAUGAUUAUUCAGCUAAGAGUAAAUACAAUGUUCAGUAAUGAAUGCAUUGAGUGUUUCACAUCUUUAAUCGAAUUUAAUUAAUUUUAUCACGGAAAACUUUGCAUUAAAGAAAUUCAUCUCAGCUACAAAGACUUUGAAACAUUUUGGGCUCUACUAUUGAAUUUAGAAAAUAGAAUUGUUAGUUUUGUAACAGAACCUCAUAAGAUGGCCCAUAAGAUUUUUCUCACAUUCGCGUUACUGCCACACCUACUUUGUACCAUGGUACACGGUACAACUUCGUGUUUGGAAUACUUCACAUACGAGAUCGAUCCUAAGACAUACAAGAUAUUUGGACGGAUCGAAAUCUUUUCUCCGCCAGGAAAUGAUGAAAUUCAUUUAAAAAUAGCAUUAAAGACUACUGCCAAUUCACUGAGAAGGUUGUUUCGAUUGGAAUUGGCACGGUCGAUAAGAGAGUCCGUUCAAGCUAUUGAACAAGACAAACCUUUGUUGUAUCAUGUUUACUUUCCCUCGGACGUCACUUUUCCGAUGUUAUCCACGAUAUGGUUUAACAAUCAGCAAUAUUGUGUAGAAAAAUCAGGUGGAAAUAUCAUAGCUGAUAUCGAGUUGGGGCACAUUGUGUAUCCGCCAAACAAAGUACCGCUAUCGCAGAAUUUUCAGCCGUGGCAUCGAAAUUCGAGUAACUAUCGCAUAAUCUAUCCGACUUAUCAUAGUAACAUCGAAUGCGGUGUGACCAGCUAUUACACCGAUAACACAAAUAGGCUGAUCCCCAAUGGCGAAACUUCAUCGCCGGGCCAGUGGCCGUGGAUAGUUGCAGUCUACCAUAUUCGAAACCAAAUGUAUAAGACAGUAUACGAAUUUCGGUGUGGUGGCUCUAUUUUGACAAAUAAGCACAUAUUAACAGCUGGGCGUUGUGUAAUGUAUAACUCUAAUAGGACUAUACCAGCCAAGGUAUUGGAGGUAAUUGUAGGGCACAUUGACCUGAGCAAGAUUCGCAGAGAUGGUAUCGCCAAUCCGGAGGUUGCGGGCUACGUUAUCCAUCCCGACUUCGUGUAUAAGGACAAUAGCGCCAGCUUCGAUGUGGCUGUUUUGACUCUUAAGAAACCCAUCGAGUUCAACCCUUUAAUUAAACCUAUUUGCUUAUGGUACGGUUCGAACGUUCUCGACGAUAUCGUCCAGGAGACUGGAUACGUUGUGGGAUGGGGAGAAGACAUGUCGGGUCGCCGUAAUGUUCGGGAACAACGGAUAGUGAAAGUGAAGAUAGUGAGCCAAGAGACCUGUCUCCGGAGGAAUAAAGCAUACCUUGGUAUCACUUCGGAGCGCACCUUUUGCGCCGGUGGGCUAGAAGUCGGUCCUUGCAACGGUGACAAAGGGAGCGGGAUAGUGCUCUAUAAUAAUAUCACAGGCCGUUAUCACUUACGCGGCCUUCUUGCAUCGACUUUGCGUCCUACAGAUAACUCUUCGCUUUGCGAUGAUAGGGCAUUCACUGUCUACGUUGAUAUAACCAAAUACGUACCCUGGAUUCAUCAACAGAUUUCGACGUAUCGCUGAUCUCUCGCCGCUAAAUACAAUACGUGCUGUAGAUAAGUAUUUUUAUGUGAAGUUUAUUCGUAACUAGCAUUUAUGGACAAUUGCACCGAAGACAGUUAUGAAUUUUACUUUCGAUUGUUUACGGCUAGUUCUCCUCUUGUAAUGCGGCAACUUUGAUAUUAAGGCAGAAUACAUCAGUAACAUACGCUACGCUGUAACUAACUGCCAAAGUAGACUUAUUAAUAAUGAAGAAUAAAAUUACGAUACAUGUUACAAUAUGCGUACCAAUACGUACGUUCAAUAUUUUUCGAAACUCGGUAAAAAACACAUGUAUUAAUAAAUUUUUUUUUUAAUACGCACGUCUUGUUACUUUUUAAAUGUUGUACAUUGUAAUAAAAUAAGACAAACUGAGAGGCAGAAGAACUGGAAUCACAGUGUAUGAACAGCGCUUCGUGAUCUCGUUUUAAUGCUUACGUUGGCAAUCAUGUCGUUUUCUAUCGCGAAAUCACUUCGUACCAACAAACAUACGUAUGCUAAAUAUGUUCAGUAACCACAGUUAUUAUUUUUGCAAUACAAAAAUCUAUCUAUUUGCAAUACAAAGUUCUAUUUUAUAGUCUUUGAGAACUUAUUACCGGUCUUUUUUUGUUAUUGAGUGCGAUCUAACUAAAAUCCCAAUAAAAUCAAGUGAAAAUAAAAUAAAAUUUUUCUCGUGGAGAAUUUUUAAUAUUAGAACGAAAUGUUUGAAUCUAGGGUAAGCUUAUUAGAAUAGAAAAUAUAUAGUUAAAAUUUGUGGGAGGUUUGGCGAGCAUUGGAAAAUAUUUAGUGGAUACGCAUGUCAUGAGAAUAUACGCCAAUAAUCUUCGAUUAAUUGCAUUGUUGACGUGCGUCCGCCGAAGUUUUUUUUACGAAAUCAUCCAAUAUGAGGAAAUCAUAUAAUAUACGGAAAGUUUCAGACAUUUUAUCCUUUCUUUUCCUUAUUGCAUUCAGGUUUUGGAUGCUGCCUUAUAAACUAAAUGACAUCAUUGCAUUGGAUUGACUCAUUGUUGCUUGCCUCUCGAUACCCCACUACCGCACCAGUCAAACGCGACUACACACCGAAACUAUAAACAAGUUUCGAAGCGUUCGGAUAGAGAACUGGUUAGUCUUGUGACGAUACAGUGAAGGCGUAGCAACGUCAAUCCAAGAAUUUGUAUUCUGAAUAGGUGGAACACUAUACGAUAUAUCGUAGUGAGAUUUAAUGGUAUCGUAGUGAAACUUUAAUGUAUACAUUACGAAGUAUACUUUGGAAUAUUUCUCAAGGGUGUCUAAAAAAAGUGGUUCAGAAAGAAAUAAGUACAAAUAUAAUAAGUGUUAAAUAAGUAAGCAAGACGUGAAAGAGAAUAUAUUGAAGUGUAACUCGAAACGUGCUUGAAGUAUAUUGUAGGAAAGUAUCGAUAAGAAAACGCAGUACAGUACUUUAAAA